AACAACAUUUGUUAUUGUGAGCAGCUGCACAAAAUAAAUAUAAUAUAAAUUUAAACAGUUAAUAAACAAAGGGACACUGAGAGGAUUUUGAUAAAGGGAUACAUAAAUCAUCAAGGGAAAGGUAUAUACAAGUGGAGAAAUCGCAUUUCCGGCGAAUUUUCUUGCAGCUGCGCAACUUGCCAAGCCAAAACAUGGACGGCGAUUCGGAAAAUCGUAAGGACCAGGUCCUCGAGCGGCUGAACAAGAGGAACAAGGACAGACAAAACUACUUGGAUGUGAAAUCCGAACAAAAAUCCAAGGAAUCUGUACAAAACGAGGGCGUUGACUACUUUUCCCAGACUUUCGGCCAAAGAACCAUUGAUAUAGAGCAGCGCUUGAAAAAUAUUCAAUGCGACGAUGCCACGCCCACCGACUUGGCGAGGAGAUUCACGGAUAUAACUUUGGAGAUACAGGACAUGCAGCGAUAUCUCACAGCUUCCACCAUGUUCCUCUCCGAUUUUAAGAUCAAAUCGUGUCAGAAUAUUCUGAAUACUCUAACAUCCGCCAGCGACGAAACCCGCCAACGCCUGAUGCCCAAAAAGAAAUUUGGGUUCAGUGGCAAAAAGACAGCGACGAAGCAAAAAACAACUGCACAUAAGGACGCGGUCGAUGCGAAAUUGAAUAAACUCCCGGAAAAAGUAGGCUCCAACUUUAGCUGGACCAUUGCGAAUCGAAAAAAUGAACAUAUUGUCUUGGAAUCCAGUAAAGUAAAUGGUCAGGAUAUCACAAUUUCGAAUGUCAGCCACUGUUUGGUGGAACUACUUGGUCAUCCGGGUUCUGUGCAGGUUUCCCGGGCCUCUAAAUGCACUUUGCUAUGUGGACCCAUCGCACGAUCCUUCUUCGCCGAGAACCUGGAUGACUGCACCCUUUCCAUAGCUUGUCAGCAGCUGCGAUUGCAUUCUUCUAGGUCCAUCCGAAUAUAUCUGCAUGUCACCUGUCGCGCAAUCAUCGAGGACUGCAAGGGAAUUGAGAUCGGCGAGUUCAACUACGAUUAUCCGGAGUUGGAGGCAGACUAUCUAGCUUCAGGACUCAAUAAGUCCCAGAAUAAUUAUACUGAUGUGGCUGACUUCAAUUGGCUUUCGCCGGAUGUGCCCUCGCCCAACUGGAGCCUCCUUAAGGACCACCCCGACCCGAAUUGGAACUCCUUGCGGCGGGACUUUAUCGCCAAUAGCCACAACAACGAGCAUAAGCAGGAUGUCAAUGAAAUCUCCAUCAUUUAGUGGCGGCAUCGGCGGCUGCUUCUCGGUUGGCUGGCCUACGGCAUCGUCCUCGGUUGGCUGUUCUGGGAACUGCUGCUGAGGCCCCCAAUGGCAGGGUCCACAUAUAAACACCCUCGAUCUUUGUAGAUAUUUUUAAGCAAGUUAAUUAAAUAACCAUAAUUCUGAAAAAA